UUUUAAAUUUCUAUUGACAGAUCAAUCCGUGCUACCCAACCUCCUUUUUCUGUUGAUCUUAACCAUGACUUCUUCGUCCGAGGAAAAAUUUCGCGAAUGUGUGGGUCACACAGAAAUCAGAAUACCUGUUCCUUACGGUCACAUUGCUGCGAAAGUUUGGGGACCAGAAAAUGGGUAUCCAGUGCUUUGCGUCCAUGGUUGGCAAGAAAAUGCCAAUUCCUUCGACACUCUUGCCCCACUCAUUGAUUCAAAGUUCAGACUCGUUUGUGUUGAUCAAGCCGGCUGUGGAUUGUCUUCGCAUUAUCCAGUGGGGUUUUCCUACACUACCAAUGAUACUUAUCUAUUUCUGCACCGGAUUGUAUCGUUCUUCGGGUGGGAAAAAUUCCAUUACAUCGGUCACAGUUUAGGAGGAGGAAUCGGUCAAAACUUCGCAGCUGUGUUUCCCGAAAAAGUGGACCGACUUGUUGUCUUGGAUCUCGUUAAACUGAUCGCUUAUCCCACGGAAACCCAACCAAAGCGAACUGCGCAGCAUGUUUCUCAAUACUACCGCCACGAGACCGAAAUGGCUACCUCUGAAGCACCUUGCUACACUCGAGGAGAAGCACUCGAUCGCCUUCUAAAGGUAGUCCCAUCACUUACGAAAGACUCGGGAUUGAUCCUGCUCGAACGAGGACUAGAACCGAUGGAAAAGCGGGGAAGUGAUGGCCAGCAGUUGUACCGUUAUCGUCGCGACAUACGGGUUGCGUUCACGUCUGCGAUGCACAUGUGUAUUGAACAACAAAGACCAUUUCUCAAAAGGAUCAAAUGCCCGAUGUUGCUCAUCAAAGCCCUAAGUGCUCCGAAGUAUGAAGGGGACGCUGUUCAUGAAGAAACCUUGCAGUUGUUUAGAGAAAAUAAUCCCAAGUUUCAGUACGUCGAAAUUGAUGGGGAUCAUCAUGUUCAUAUAAAUUCUCCAGAAGUGGUCGCUCCACUCAUAAACGACUUUCUUCUUUCCAUAGAUGAAGGCAAAACUGCUGAGUAA